GUCUGCAAGAUGGCAACAGCGCAGACUCAGGCCUCACGUUGUGGCGUUUGAAACCUUACUCAGACCUUUCUGCCUCGUCCAGUCACACUUCACAGACGAGGAGAGCAAUACUGCGCGUUCUUUUGUGAGAACAUGAGAGUGUAAAUAAGUGUGACAAUAAAAAUUUAAGUGCCAAGAUGUCAGCCGAAGUAAGCAGCGUCCGUCCCAACCCCUACAUCUUCGACAUAGAAAAUAGAAGAAAACGUCGACCAAGGCUUGCUCAUGAGAUAGGGGCUGGAGCCAAGUGCAAGAAAUGUGGUGACAAAUGUCCUGGUUUUGAAUUACAUUUUUGGAGGAAGUUAUGCAUGAAUUGUCGCUGUGGUAUAUACGAUCAUGAAGUUGAAGAGGAUGAUGAAGACAUCGGGAAAAUAGUCAUUGGCAAGUUGUUUGAUCGUCCACCUCGCACCAAGAAAGAAGAGAUGGAAUACUGCCAUGGAAACAAUUUGGAAAUGAUCAAUGAAGAGACAGGGAAAGCAGAGAAUGUCAAAUUUGAUUGGGUGCCACCAAAUGUGGAGAAGUCUCUGGCUUCAAGAUACAUGGCUUUGAUUCCUGUGGAGAAAAGGCCCAUUGCUGGCACUGAGGCAGCUAAAGAGCGCAAACGUCAGCUUGAGCAGCAGCUGCCCCUGUAUGACAUGGAUGCUGCACAGCGUUGUGAUAACUUACCUCCCGAAGAGUUGCAGAGCUUCCACGCUUACCUCGAGCGCAUCAAGACCCAAGUGGCAGGGCAAGGCAUGGUACAGGAAAUUAUUGGAGCACCAGUUUCAAUGGCACAGCCUCUGCAGUCCCAGAGGAAGCCUGGCUCUAGUGCUCCACUGAUGACAGGUGAUAUUGAUGCUAAUGGAAAUAUUGGCUAUCAACCUGAUUCUUCAGUGGGUCAGAUGAUGCCCCCUGGUUCCCAUAUGCCACAAGAUAACAUCCCAGGGUCACAGGGGCAAUACAGAAGCCCAACUGGCAACCAGAAUGAUGACCAGGGGAACGUCAACGUGAACGAUCCACGCUAUCAGUUCCUGGGUGGAAUGAUUGAGGAGCCUUACCUAAAUGUAACCAGCAGGCCAGAGGAUCUAGUACAUAGUGAGGCGUAUGGUGGGAAGCUUGGCACCAGCAGGCCCCUUACAAGCUUGGCAAGAAACCAGCCUCUAGAUAAUGUUACAGCUGGGAUGGCUAAUCUUCAAGUGCAACCGCAGGGACAGGGAACUGAAAAGGGCUACAUCCCAGGACAGGAGCAUAUUCCUGGUCAGCCUGGCUAUGUACCAGGACAGCCAGGAUAUAAACCAGGUCAACCUGGCUCUCUACCAGGUCAACCAGGUUAUACAUCAGGACCUGCAGGUUCUCAGCCAGGUCAACCCGGAUAUGCUCAAGGCCAGCCAGGUCAACCCGGAUAUGCUCAAGGCCAGCCGGGUCAACCUGGAUAUACUCAUGGCCAGCCGGGACAACCUGGAUAUACUCUUGGCCAGCCGGGUCAACCAGGAUAUACUCAUGGUCAACCAGGUCAACCAGGAUACAUGGCAGGCCAGCCGGAUCAACCUGGAUAUGUUCAGGGGCAACCAGGUCAGCCGGGGUAUUCACCAGGAAAGGGAAUGCAGCAACAGAUGCCUAUGAUGCCAGGGAACAUUACAGCCGUGGAGGCAACUCAGGCUCCUUAUGGUGCACGUGUGGACACCCUAACAGGUGGGUCUUCCAUUGCUCCGGGGCAAGAUGUAAAUGUGCUCUUCCCAGGGGAAAGUCAGAUCAUCGGUUCCCAGGCAGGCAACACUGCCCCCUCGGGACAGAAGAGCAAGUUCUCCUGCCAAUAUUGCAACCUCCCGAUGAAUGUUGGAGAUGUAGCCAUCUUCUGUGAGCGGGCUGGGCAAGAUAAGUGUUGGCAUCCUGCUUGCUUCUGCUGCUUUACGUGUAAGGAGUUGCUAGCUGACUUGAUCUACUUCUACAAGGAUGGAAACGUGUUCUGUGGACGUCAUUUCACAGAUGCUGCAGAAAUACCAAGAUGUAAAGCAUGCGAUGAGCUGAUAUUUGGCAACUCAUGGACAAGGGCUGAUGGAUUUGACUGGCAUAUCCACCACUACAGCUGUUAUAUGUGUGAUUUGGAAUUGGCUGGACAGCGCUAUGUACCAGACAAAGAAGGAUAUCCGUAUUGUCUUCCCUGCUACAUGGCAUGCUUAGCCAAGAUGUGUGAGGCCUGCGAAGAAAAGAUAUCCCCCGAGAUGAAUCGCUGUGGACAUCGAGGCUAUUUUUACCAUGCCAGUCCCCAGUGUUUCAAAUGCUACUCCUGUAAGAUACCGCUGAUGGGCAAACGUUUCAAAAUGUCCAAGAACUGGGUUUUCUGCUCCAAUGAAUGCAUUGAAGCGGCUGCUGAAGCCUUAGCCGUUAACCCAAAUCCCAAAAUAAAGCCAGAGUGAGAAAUCAUGGGAUAUAUUGUCACAUUUUGCUGAAAUACAGUGAAGAAGGUAUUGCUUUAUAAUAAGAAAUGGUCCAUAGCACACUACAUUCUAGGUGAAGCAUUUUUUUUUCUUUUACCCUGUCUCUUGCUUUGUGAUGAUACAUGAUGUGAUAUUUACUACUUACAUUUAUAGAUGAUGUGCAAAGAUGGUCCCAUUAUUACUCUUCCAUACUUAAGUUUAAUGAAAACAUUGAUUGUGAUACGGUUGAUAUCCUUUACCUCUACAAACCACAGGUUGCUUUUGGUUGCAAUAUUAUGUAUAUUUUAUAUAAUAAAA